AUGCUAAAUAGGGCAGUGGGCGGUGGCAAUCUAGACAUCAUCAAGACACUGUGGCAACAGACCUCUCCCAUCAAGUUUGUGCGUUCCCAAGACUUGUUGAAUCAAGCAUUGUACAAUGGUAGAAUGUCUGUGUUCAAGUUCCUCAGUGAAAGCGGCGCAUAUAUCCAGCCUGUACUGGUGAGAGCCAUCAUCGCAGAGGCUCAAGCAAUCUACAACGGAGGCGCCAAGUCGAUCGCAUAUAUACUCGAGCCUGGCAACUUCUCUGAUGAUCUGAUCAAUGCCCUCAAGUCUCAAGCGAGUAAACACGAGUUGGCAAUCGUAAAGACCGGUGAUUGGGAUCUGAUUUGCAUGUGCCUACUACAGCCCGAUGGUGAAGUCUACGCCACAACACUCUCUAAAGGAAUAGGAACUCUUCCUUGUGACUUGACCAUACUGCCGAUGGAACAACUGUCUCGCCUUGAGACCUUGGCACGUAUGCAACUCAUCAAUCCCAUCCCCAACAUUGAUCAAGAUGCCCAACGCGCACUCAUCAAAUCCUCGGACUUGGCAAAGUCAUUGCAUGUUGGUGCUUUGGACCUGCAGGAGGAGGGAGAAGUUGUCGGGGACGAUGGUGAGACCAUCACCGAUGAGCUGAGGAUGGUCUAUAUCAAGAUUGGACAGUACACAUGUGGAAUUUGGAAACAUACACCAGAUCAAAGUUCUCAUUGGAUAUCUUCCAAGUCGUCCACCUCCUGGUUCUAUUGA